UUAUUAUAAUCCUAUUCAAACAAAGGAGAGAUAACGUUUUCAAAUGCAUUGUUAUCAAGCUUUUACUUUUGGCUAAUUAUAUAUCUAUUUAUCAGUAUCUAUCCGAUGACAAUAAAUAUGGCAUUGAUUUUGAAUUUUCAAAUCGAACAGAACACAUGAAAUUUAAACAUGGAGUUAAUUUUUUAAAUCUGGUAUUUUUGGCGGGAUUUUCUAUUCGUAGAGGUUCUAGAUACAGUAUUUAAUUAAAUUGAAACAUUAAGUAUUAGAACAGAAUGUUGUGUCGUAUUAUGUCCGUGUUUCCAUGGAAACCGAUUUGAAUUUUACCGAUUUCUUUGAUGUACCUUAUACAUUUCCAAAUAUUAUUUUUAUUAUUUUUGUGUAUGAUAUUAUAGUACCAUGGAAGAGUUAACGAAUACUGACGUACGAAUCGUGUUGAACAUAAAAGAAGGUAGAGGUUUUGAGCAAAUUUUAUUACCAACAUCUGUGACUGCAACUUUAGAUGGACAUUUGUUAGAAACUGAAGCAAUUGACCCAAGUCCUAAUCCCCAAUAUGAUCAUGAUUUGGUUUGGGAAGUAGACAAAAGUAGACUACGGAAGAUGAGAUCAGGACAAGUCCCAUUAAAAUUAGAAUGUUUUACUGUUAAAAGCAACGACAGUAAAGAAAAGUUGGGAUAUAUCCUGCUAAGUCUACGAUCUGCACAAGUAUUUUCUAAAAAUGAAGAUGUUAAUGUGAAAACUAAUUGGCAUAAACUGCUAGGACUGAAAAGUAAUCUGAAAAUGGAUAAACCAGAGUUAUUUCUUGGUUUAAGUAUUCAUGAUCAAGAUUCUACAUUAUUAAACUGUCAUGUAGAGAAUUUAAAACAAUUCGAACAAGCAACAAUUCAAGAUGAUAAAGUAACUCCAAUUUUAUUACGUAAUGAACGUCUUAUACAGUUGGGUCCUUUAGAUACUUGUCAUGAACUAUUCUUGAUCAACAUCACAGCCAUAUCUGCAGCAAAUAUAGAUUUACUAUUACCAACUAAAUAUUAUUUAGACUUGAAAAAUAAUUUAUAUUUUUGGUGCAAAAUAUUAGAGAAUGAUGUAUACUUCAAUCAGUCUAAAAAAGAAUAUGGAGAUUUGUGGGCUCUCAAUGAAAAGAUUGUAAUAAGGAUAAGGACCUCAUUAAAAGUUUUGAGAUCAUACUUACAAGUAAAACCACUUUUAAUUAUCUAUUUAAAAUAUAAAAAUAACAUAAUAGCUGAGUCAGAAGUUAAUAUGCAACCAUUAGUUCCUACUGAUAAUAUUGAGAAGUUCCUUAAAACUUCUGAAAACAAUAGUACUAUUUUAAAUUACCGUUGUCAUCUGCACAGAAAGGAUCAAAGUGAUAAUGUUGAAAUAGAAUAUAAUAAUUCAUACCUUGAUGUACAAUUAAAAUUGCAAUAUAUAGGAGGAAAAAUAGAGGUAAUAAUGAACUCCCCAAAUACAAUAUUCAGUGAUACAGCUUCUGUUAAUCAUGUUAAAGAACAAAAAAAUGAGUUACAGCAAAUAAAUUACAGUGAAAUAGAUUGCCAUAGAAAUCCUGCUGGUGAUUUUGGAAAAUGUACUACAGGACUUCAAAUGUUCAAUUUUCCAAAUAGAUGCAAUAUGCUUAAUAAUCACUCUUCAAGCUAUGAACACUUAAGAAAUCAACCAAUUAAACCUGUAUAUUCUCAAUCACUUGACACACUACCAUGUCACUGUAGCCUUAACGGUUGCUCCAAAAGUGUAGAAGCAUAUCAUUGUUAUUGUUUAAAUAUUUUAUUGAUAGCAAUUAAAGCAAUGUCUUCAAAACUAACUGUACCAAAUAUUGAAAUUCGGUUUCAUCAUCCAAAGACUGAGGUCACAUCCACUUUUCAUCCCAAUGUUUCACUUGUAUUAGGAGAAAAAGUAAAGUUACAAGAUACAAAAUGUAAAUUACAUUUUAUAUCAGCAACUGAUGAAAUUAAACAUUUAUUGCUGACAUUUCCACCAAAAAUCAGUAUAUAUAAAAUAGACGAAACUUCUAAAACUUGUAUGUUUCAAUGUACAAUUGAUGUAAAACAACUAUUUCAUCAAAAUAAGUUUGAAUGUCACUGUGAAACACCUUUGUAUGACACCGAACAGACUGUUGUUGGUAACUUAUAUGUUGCCAUGACAUUAGAGGACCAUGGUCCAUAUUAUAGGCUUAAAAAGAAAAUACCUAAUGAAAACUUAGGACCACCGAUUUUAGAUGAUAGUUUAGCAUACAAAAUAGUUGACGAGUUGGAAACGUGGAAAGAACGACAAAAGGAGAUAUUUAAAGUUGAGUUGAAAAGGAAAGAGGAUCGUCAUUUAAAUUUAUUAAGUCAAGAAUGGCAAAAGCAUAGAGAAAGUUUGGAAGGGAAACUUGCGUGUAGCGUCGAGCAGUGUAAAAUGUUAGCAAAUAGUCUGAACAAUGCUACAGAAGACUUAAGAUCGCGAAGAUUAAAGAGUCUUGAAAAAGAAGCCAGAUUAAUUAAAGCAAACGAAGAACUGCAGUGGUCAUACGAGACGAAAUUGCGAGAACUCAGAGAAUCAUACCAUUCGAUGCAAGAAGAACAUAUGGCAAAGGUCACUGCACUUGAAAAGAAGAAAACUAUUUUAGAAACGCAAGUUGAUCAAUUGAGUACAGAUAAUGGAAAGUUGCAGUCACUCCUUGCGAAACAGACAGAAGAAUUAGAAGCUUAUCAGAAAGGAUCCUUAACUCAGGAUCAAACAGCAACUUUGUUGCAAGAAUUAAAGGGGCUUGAAGAAAAGUUACAAACAACGCAAGAGAGUAAAUUAUUCUUUAAAGAAAAAUAUGCAACAGCAGUUCGUGAAAUGCAUAGAAUGAAGAAAGAAUAUCAACAAACCAUAAAAGUUCAAAUAAAAAAUAGUAAAGAGGAACUGGAAAACAUAAAUUUAGAAGACAUAUUGCACACGGACUCUACUGCUUUGACCGAUGAUCAAACUAUACUGAAUGAAAUUCAAAAGGAAAUUGAUGUGAUUAAACAAAAACCACCCUUCUUAGAAAACGAUCCAUAUUGUCAAGUCUACACACCGACGAUCGUAGGUUCAAAAAUAAACCAAAAUGAAAGUAAACAAAUUUCAAAAAGAUCAGAAGAAAAUCAGGAACGAUUGCAAGCCCUAAUAGAAGAACGUAACUUUCUUUUAAAAACUAAUAGCUAUACACACGAGGAUGCAAUUAUUAUAAAAUUAAACAAUGAAAUAAGGUCCUUAAUGAUGAAGUAACACAAACUACAUGCAUUAACGAUAAGAAAUGCAUCGUUGUGUAAAUUAUUGUUUUAUAUAUUUUUUGUAAAAAUGAUUUACGAGACAGUAAAAUAGCAUAUUAUAUAAAAUAUUUUAUAGUAUAUGCAUAUGCUGUAUAUUUAUUAAACUAAAUAUAUUGAAUAUCUUUAUGGUUUGGUUUACAUGUUAAGAAAUUCCGUUUAUAUAUGCCUUACUU